AUGAAGUUCACGAGUCUUCGGGUAUCACUUCCCAUUGUUAAUGAGCCCUUAAAUCAAAUUUUACAGUUUAUAGUGAUUAAGUUAUCCGGUCCUCCGACUGGAAACCAGUUGGCUAUGAGUUAAUUCGUCUCAGCUUCAUAGUGACUCAUUUGAUUUCGUAAUUACCACCCUGGGAUUACACUUAGCGGACGUCUUUUAUGCAAAGCAUCAGAAUGAGAACUCAAGGGCGACGUCUUCUGAGGUCGUCUAUUGUGGUUUGUGCAUCAAUAACCUAUGAGCUGGCCGGCCUUGUCUUUCGAAGUUAGUAAAACUUGACUUGUUCCUUCCGACAUAAUUUAAUAACACCAUUUUCAAUAUGACCAUCAACAGCAAAGCGCGGCUUCUCGCUCCGGGACACUAGGGCCCUUGAGAAUCAUUCAAAGACUCAUUGCUUUGAAAAUGUCUUCGAAGAUGCCCCAUGAUCAUACUCGAAUCCAUGUCAUGCAUUAACAGGCUCCGUAAGAUCCCCUAAAAUAGGUGAUGUGACAUAAUCUAUAUUUUGUUCCAUCUAUUCUUCUUCCGCGGCAUCGGAUGGCUUGUACAUUUGCUGUUGGGGUAUUCCCUGAUCUUGCAUGAACUGUUAUUAAAAUAUCAACGAAAUGGAUGGGUACUGACCAUGAGACUUUGUGAUUCGUUCCAGGUAGGGGCAGAGUUUGUGGGAACCUUCGUUAUCUUAUUCGGGGCCGCGGCCACGCCAAUAGUGAACCAGAAGUACGGCGGCGUUGAAGGGCUCCUGGGGUGCGCUGCGUCCGCGGGACUGGCCGUGAUGAUAGUAGUCCUCUCCACAGGGCACAUCUCCGGGGCCCACCUUAACCCGUCCGUCACACUCGCCUUCGCUGUUUUCCGCCAUUUCCCUUGGACUCAGGUGCCCGCUUACAUUGCUGCCCAAGUCUUAGGCUCCAUCUGUGCUUCCUUCGCCCUCAAGGGCAUCUUCCGUCCUUUCCAAUCCGGCGGCGUCACCAUGCCGUCCAUUAACACCACAGAAGCCUUCUUCCUCGAGUUUGUCGUCACCUUCGUCCUCGUCUUCGUGAUCACUGCUGUUGCAACAGACACAAGGGCGGUACGAAAGAACGCCCUCAGGAUCUCUCUCUCUCUCUCUCUCUCUCUGUCUUGCGCGUUUUCCGCUUACAGGCUGUAUGAUGCUUUAUUUCAGGUGGGAGAAUUGGCUGGAAUAGCAAUAGGAGCUACGGUCUCGCUAAACAUACUGGUGGCUGGGUGAGUGUGAUCUUAUGCAUACAAUGUCUUCAGCGCUUCCUAUUGCGUCAUGAGCAUGUAACCAUCCCUCUUCAACAAUAACCAGUGAAACUUAAUCAGUUUGCUUAUCGUCGAUCAGCUUAGUUAUCGUCCAUGGCUUAUCGCCGCCUCCCUUUCUAAAAUAUCACUCGUCUGGGAUUCAGAUUUUCAGUUUUGAUUCGCGUACACAGCAAGCCUGUGGCUACGUGGGGUAUUAAGAGCGAAAAUACAUGCAGGCCCUCGACAGGUGCAUCAAUGAAUCCGGCAAGGACGCUUGGUCCGGCGAUAGCCACCGGCAACUACAAGCAUAUAUGGGUAUAUCUGCUGGCGCCUACGGCUGGCGCUAUUGCUGGUGCGGCAGUGUACGGCGCGGUGAAGCUGAAGGAUGAUGAAACUGAGCGAGAGCGUCAGGCAAGAAGCUUCCUCCGCUAG